AUGCUAAGCUUACAUAAUGGACAACACGCUUCGUGUUCCCAAAAAUUGAAAGGGCUUCUAAGAGGCAACAUUAAAGCAACUACUCAAACACACAAUAAUCCAACAUUAGCAGAAAUAAGUUCGAAACCGUUACGAAAUUUAUCCAUAAUUUCAUUGAUAGCAAAAAUUGAAGUAGGAAAGACAUUUGAUUAA